GAACAAGCAGACGCCAAGUAAGAAAUGUUUGACAUUUCCAAAAGAACUCCAUGCACACAAUUGUUUAGCAUAUCUGAAUGGCUAAAUAGUAUGAAAAAAGUGAACGUUGUUUGUUUGGUGUAGCAACGAAAAUGGACGCAGGGCAAGGACUUGGAUUCAAGGCUGUACCCGUUCAAAUAACAAUCCGACAUGGUCAUAAUUUGAAAGGGAGCAGGACUGAGUCUUUUCUCAGCUAUGUCAGAGCUGAGUUUAAUGGUGCUGUCCUCGGAGAUUCUCAUAAAGUUGAAGCAGCUGUUGAUGAAAGAGUGGAUUAUAACUUCACCUGUAGCUUUGAAUGUUCAGAAGUUGCACAUAAUUUGGAUGAUCUUGCACACAAACCUGUCAUUCUGACUUUGACUGAGAUCCUGCCUAAGGAGAAGAAGCAGAAGGAGGAGAGGACAAUCGUUCAUGGACAAGCAGUUGUGGACCUACUCCCACUUCUCCAUGGCCAAAGCAGCUUCACAUGCUCCGCCAUACUCCACCCAGCUCCAGGGUCACCUAUGGAGACAGCUGCAGCGGACGGUAGCAAGCCUGCACUGGAUGUGUCAGUCCGUGUGCCAGAGCCUUUGCUGUCAGAUGCCCAGCUGGCUGAGUCCAACCUGUUGAAAGUGACUGUUGAGACGGCGUACUCCGUGCCUGAGGUGUGGAAUCCACCAACGGGGCCUGCUGCUGGCUUCGUGGCAGCACUGCAAGUACCCACCACAGCUGAGAAAGAGCAGAUCUUGCUGUUCUCCAACGGCGUGCUGAAGAUGGGCGGGGAGCGAGAGCUGGUCCCACGGCCCAAGAAGUGGCCCCUGGGGGCCAUGUUGGCCCCUGGAGCGCUGCACAUACCGGGCCACAGCAUACAGGAGGACGGUGCCGACCUGGAGAACGGAGACCUGACUGGACCUGAGGAUAAGGAGUUUCGGGCGGAGGCCGAGACCAACCGGAAGAGGGUGAGCUGGGAUACGGAGCGCUGCUGUUUCCUACACGCUGGAGGCUCAGCUUGGCUAACCCGCAGGAUCGUGGAGAGCCGGCUGUGGCCAAUUGAAAUCAUGAAGACAGGACAGACAGGAACAACCAAGGGAGGGAAGCCCGUCAAAGACAAGAAUGAAGAUGACUCCCAGGUGUCGUUCCAUGGCGUGGCCUAUAUGGACCUGGCUCCUCUGAUGUAUCCAGGAGCCACGUGCUUGAGAGCUGCAUAUAGAGUCCACCCUUUCUACGACGCCGACCUCUUGCAGAAGACCAAGCGGACCCAGAGCGUGCUGCGAGAGAGCAUGAGGCAGCCGGUGGCGCAGGGCAAAGGUCGCGUGUCUGGGGGCCUCUGUAAGGCUGCCCCCAGCAAAAUCUUCGAUAAGCCGGGAAAAGACCCCAAAGAGUCUCCUAGAAAGGCGGCAGUGCCACAGGGGAAACCUGUCCUUGAAGAGACCAGCGUUGUGGAGGUGGAGCCGCAGGUCAACACAGAGGGACAAAUGUAUGAAGAUGCCAAGACCUACAUUGUCAUUGAGAUCGCACUGGAUAAACCACUGGUCCCCAAACGACCACCGGAGGAGCUGGCAAAAAGAGUCACUGAGCUUAUUCCUCCAAGACCCACUUUACCUCGGAGACCAGCAGGAGCAGAAAGGGCGGUGCAGGAGUUCCAGACGCAGGUGGCCAACGUGGCGGCGCAGGUGCUGGACCAGUACCAGCAGCUGUUUGGGGCCACGCUGGACCUGUCAGGGGCCACCUCGCCCGACCCCAACGCCGAGCAGCAGCGCAAGACCAAGCUACUCGGGGAGCUCAACUACUCGGGGAAGUACUUUGCCUUCAAGGAGCAACUUAAAUACUCUGUAGUGCGUAUAGUGCGCGAGAAGAUGCUGCGGACGGAAGCCUUCGCUGAUAUGCAACAGCUGCAGGCGUUUCUAAGUCAGCUCUAUGUAUUCCUGGUGGAUGAAAUGCACAUGGCGCUGAAUAAGGUGUUGUCUGUGCGUAAUCUGGAUAGCCAGCCUCAGCAGCAGCUGGACUGUUCCCAACUGAGACACUUUGCCAGGGAGGCGCAGUUCAACCAGGACUACAAGCUGGCCACAAAGUACUACCAAGAGCUGCUGGCUCGAGACCGCAGUGACCCGUCCCACUGGUUUGAUUUCGGCUGUUUCUACAUGUCGAGGGGAGACUACCAGAAGGCGGAGGAGUGCUACCAUCAGGCCGUGUCUAUCAAGCAGGACCACCUGUCCAGCUUGUUAAUGUGUGGUAUUCUGGCUGAGAUGGAUGGGCGCCAUGAGGAGGCAGAGACCUUUUUUGAAGGAGCGACUUGCGUUUGUCCUAGCAGUGUGGUGGCCUGGACAAUAUUCGGUCUGUUCUACCACGGCCAGGAGAACAGCAUUCAGGCGGAGAUGGCUUUCCUGGAGGCCCGCAAGUGCCAGAAGGCAGCCGCGGCACCAAGCCCUCCCGAGGUUUGGGGUGCACAGGUGGAGAUCUCGGACACCCAGGUGGAGAGUAUUGAACACCUGGAAGAGGAAGAGGAAGAGGAGGAGCUAGCCAAUGACAACGAUGAGGAACAGGAGAAUGGAGCAGAGAGUCCAGUCGCCGCCAUCCAGAGUGAGACUGCUACGGGGGAGUUGGAGGAUUCUACUGUUGCCAAGGAGACCAAGACCCCCAGUAUAAUUGCUCCCCACGCCGGCCCCAGCAAGGUCACCAGCAUCUACAUGGAAACGGUGGCCUUCUUACAGCAGAAUAAUGCACUACAGAUGGCCCAGCGUGCUCUGGCCCAGGAGCUGCUGUGUCCCGAGGGGGGUUUGAGCAGCAGCUACCACCUGGCCCUGGCUCAACUCCACACCCUGCGCGGGGAGUUCAGCAGUGCCGAGGCCAGCCUCAACGCAGCACUCAGCGACAGCUAUGAGAAGCCAGACGUGUGGGCGUUGUGGGGCCACCUGCACUACCUCGGCGGGAAGGCCAGAGAGGCUCAGAAGUGCUACGAGAGGACGCUGGACUUUGUGACGGAAGCGUCUGACACACACCCCAUCUACCUGCGCCUGGGCUCCAUCUACCUGCAGGAGGGGCAGUUCGAGAAGGCCAAGGAGGUGUACCUGCGUGGCUGCAAGAGUUCCGCUUCCUGUCUGACGUGGCUGGGCCUCGGCAUCGCCUGCUACAGGCUGGGGGAGAUGACUGAAGCGGAGGAUGCGCUGGUGGAGGCCAACACGAUGAACAAUGGCAAUGCAGAGGUGUGGGGAUACCUGGCCCUCGUCUGCCUGCUGAUGGGGAGGAAGCUGGAGGCAGAACAGUCUUACAAAUACGCACUAAAGCUGCAUCUACAAAACGAGCCACUUCUAAAGGAGAUUGAAGAUAUGCAAAGGAAUGUUGGAUUCGGAAAUCCUGGUUUUUGAAAAUGCUUCUGUGGUUCUAUUGUUUGGGUACACACAUUUUCAGAUAGUCAGACAGUCAGUCUUGUAAGUUUGUAUAUUUAUCUAAGUCAAAUAAAGCAUUCUGUUUGAGCCUUUGACCAUCAUCGGGCACAUCUGGAACAAAAAGACUUCUUAUGGCAACAAAUUGUGUUUUUAUUUUAUUUUUUAUUUUUAUUUUGCUGUAUCAAUAUUGUAGUAAGCAGCACUGUUUGGUGAUGUUCCUUACUUCACAAUCAUAAAAAAUAAAACUGAGUCUUCAUAUAA